AUUAUUAAAUCCUGUGAAGCCGAGGCACCGCUUACUCGGGCACUUCCCACUGUGCGUGAGCGUGUGUUUGUGUUCCCGGACAUUCACUUUUGGAACCUAUUCAGCUUUCGCAUACAGCCAGUCUUCAGUCAUUACUAAGACAUAAUGGCACAGAAGUCUGGCAGCCAGGGAGGUGAGGCUGAUGCGUUUCUGUUUGUGGAUAAAACCUUCAACAAUCCACUAGUCCAAGCUGACUGGUCAGCGAAGAAAUUGGUUUGGGUCCCUUCAGAGCGGAAUGGCUUUGAAGCAGCAAGUGUUAAGGAUGAAAAGGGCGACGAAGUUAUCGUUGAAUUGGUGGAAAAUGGAAAGAAAGUUACAGUUAAUAAAGAUGAUAUCCAGAAGAUGAAUCCCCCAAAGUUUUCCAAAGUAGAGGAUAUGGCGGAAUUGACAUGCCUGAACGAAGCCUCAGUGCUGCAUAAUCUGAGGGAGCGAUACUACUCAGGACUAAUCUAUACAUACUCAGGUCUAUUCUGUGUUGUCGUAAACCCAUACAAAAUGUUGCCCAUCUACACUGAGAAGAUUGUCGAAAUGUACAAAGGGAAGAAGCGACAUGAGAUGCCGCCCCAUAUCUAUGCCAUUGCUGACACUGCAUACAGGAGCAUGCUGCAAGAUCGUGAAGACCAGUCCAUUUUGUGCACGGGCGAGUCUGGAGCUGGGAAAACAGAAAACACAAAGAAAGUAAUUCAAUAUCUGGCUGUGGUCGCUUCCUCUCACAAGAGUAAAAAAGAUGCCAAUGCAAUUCACGAACCUGGUUUUGCAUACGGGGAGCUCGAGAAGCAACUCCUUCAAGCCAACCCCAUUCUGGAAGCCUUUGGCAAUGCUAAAACGGUGAAAAAUGACAACUCGUCUCGAUUUGGAAAGUUCAUCCGGAUCAAUUUUGAUGUCACUGGCUAUAUUGUUGGAGCAAACAUUGAGACGUAUCUGCUUGAAAAGUCUCGUGCUAUUCGUCAAGCUCCAGAGGAAAGGACAUUUCAUAUUUUUUAUUACCUGCUUGCUGGUGCUGGAGUUAAGAUGAAGGAGGAUCUGUUGCUGGAACCAUUCAGCAAUUACCGGUUUUUAUCCAACGGCCAUGUCCCUAUUCCUGGGCAAGAUGACAAGGACAUGUUUGAAGAGACAUCAGAGGCCAUGAGCAUCAUGGGAUUUUCAAUCGAAGAACAAACCUCGAUAUUGAGGAUUGUUUCGUCUGUGCUGCAACUGGGGAAUAUUAGUUUCAAAAAGGAGCGAAACACUGACCAGGCCUCGAUGCCGGAUAAUACAGUUGCACAGAAGGUAUGUCACCUGCUGGGCAUGAAUGUGACUGAUUUCACCAGAGCCAUCCUGAGUCCUCGCAUCAAAGUUGGACGUGACUAUGUGCAGAAAGCCCAGACCAAGGAGCAGGCUGACUUUGCUGUAGAAGCUCUGGCCAAAGCAAUGUAUGAACGACUGUUUCGUUGGUUACUCAUUCGUAUCAACAAGGCCCUGGACAGGACCAAGAGGCAAGGUGCCACAUUCCUUGGAAUUCUUGAUAUUGCUGGCUUUGAGAUAUUCCAGGACAAUUCCUUUGAGCAGCUCUGCAUCAAUUACACUAAUGAGAAGCUGCAGCAGUUGUUCAACCAUACCAUGUUCAUUCUGGAGCAGGAGGAAUACCAGAGAGAGGGCAUUGAAUGGAAUUUCAUUGACUUUGGACUGGAUCUGCAGCCCUGCAUUGAACUGAUUGAAAGAGUGACGAACCCACCAGGAAUUCUGUCUUUGUUGGAUGAAGAAUGUUGGUUCCCCAAGGCCACAGACAAGUCAUUUGUGGAGAAGGUGGUUCAGGAACUGGGCAACCACACAAAGUUUGCCAAACCUAAGCAACUGAAGGAUAAAGGAGACUUCUGUAUAGUUCAUUAUGCUGGCAAGGUACCUUACAAUGCAGGAAACUGGCUGACCAAGAACAUGGACCCAUUAAACGAUAAUGUCGCUUCACUGCUCAACCAAUCAUCUGAUAAAUACGUAGCAGAACUGUGGCGAGACGUGGACCGUAUUGUUGGAUUGGACCAAGUGGCUAAAAUGAGUGAAAGUAUCCAAGGAGCCUCAAAGACGAAGAAGGGCAUGUUUCGUACCGUGGGCCAGCUGUACAAGGAGCAGCUGAGCAAGUUGAUGACAACACUGCGAAACACCAGCCCCAACUUUGUACGCUGUAUCAUUCCAAACCAUGAAAAGCGAGCUGGAAAACUUGAUGCACACCUGGUAUUGGAGCAGCUGCGAUGCAAUGGUGUUCUGGAAGGGAUCCGAAUCUGCCGACAGGGAUUCCCCAACAGGAUUAUCUUCCAGGAAUUCCGCCAGAGAUAUGAAAUCCUAACACCAGGUGCUAUUCCAAAAGGGUUCAUGGAUGGGAAACAGGCCUGCGUACUUAUGAUUAAAAGCCUGGAACUAGAUUCUAACCUGUACAGGAUUGGACAGAGUAAGAUCUUCUUCCGCACUGGAGUUCUCGCUCACUUAGAAGAGGAGAGAGACCUGAAAAUUACAGAUGUCAUUAUUUCCUUCCAAGCUCGAAGCCGAGGCUACCUGGCCAGAAAGGCCUUUGCUAAACGACAGCAGCAACUCAAUGCAAUGAAAGUCAUCCAGAGAAACUGUGCAGCUUACCUUAAACUACGGAACUGGCAAUGGUGGAGACUAUUCACAAAGGUGAAACCACUUCUACAAGUCACACGGCAGGAGGAGGAAAUGCAACUGAAAGAAGAUGAAUUGCAGAGAACCAAAGAAAAGCAGCAGAAGGCAGAACUCAGUCUCUCCGAACUUGAAAAUAAACACGCUCAGAUAAUGGAGGAGAAGAUUACCCUUCAGGAGCAGCUGCAAGCCGAGACGGAGCUAUAUGCUGAGGCUGAGGAGAUGAGGAUUCGCCUGGAAUCCAAAAAGCAGGAGCUGGAGGAGAUUCUCCACGAGAUGGAAGUGAGGAUUGAAGAGGAGGAGGAGCGGAGUCAGCAAAUGUUAACGGAAAAGAAGAAAAUGCAAACCCAAAUCCUGGAUCUGGAGGAACAGUUGGAUGAGGAGGAAGCCGCGCGACAGAAGCUACAGCUGGAGAAAGUGACCCUCGAGGCAAAGCUGAAGAAGAUGGACGACGAUAUCAUAAUCCUGGAGGACCAGAACAUCAAAUUUGCAAAGGAGAAGAAACUUCUAGAAGAGAGAAUAGCUGACUUUACCACCAAUCUUGCAGAGGAGGAAGAAAAAGCAAAGAACCUGACAAAACUGAAGAAUAAACAUGAAUCUAUGAUUUCAGAACUAGAAGUACGACUCAAGAAGGAAGAGAAGACCAGACAAGAACUGGAGAAGCUGAAGAGGAAACUAGAGGGAGAGGGUGCAGAUCUCCAUGACCAGCUGGCAGAACUCCAACAGCAAAUCGCUGAACUGAAGAUGCAACUUGCCAAGAAAGAGGAAGAAUUACAGGCAGCUAUGAACAGGCUCGAUGAGGAAACUGCACUAAAGAAUAAUGCUCUGAAGAAAAUCCGCGAGUUGGAAGCCUUUAUUUCGGAUCUUCAAGAAGAUCUGGACUCAGAGAAGUCAGCUCGGAACAAAGUAGAGAAACAAAAAAGGGAUUUGGGCGAAGAAUUGGAAGCCCUGAAGACAGAGCUUGAAGAUACUUUGGACAGCACUGCUACACAGCAAGAGUUAAGAGCCAAGAGAGAACAUGAGGUUUCUGAGAUGAAACGUGCUCUAGAAGAAGAGUCAAGGUCACAUGAGGCUCAAAUUCAUGAAAUGCGACAGAAACAUAGUCAAGCGAUAGAAGAAGUAACAGAGCAACUGGAACAAGCAAAACGGGCGAGGGCGAACCUUGAGAAGAACAAACAGACUCUGGAAAAGGAGAACAACGACCUUUCAAAUGAGGUGCGGUCUCUGUCCACAGCGAAAGCAGAAAUUGAGCACAAGAAGAAGAAGCUGGAGGGCCAAGUGCAGGAGUUCCAAGUGAAGGUGGCAGAUGGAGAACGUGCUCGGGCCGAACUCAAUGAGAAAGUGCACAAGCUACAGAAUGAGCUUGACAAUGUUACCACUGUCCUAAAUGACGCUGAGGGCAAGUCAAUUAAACUUGCAAAGGAUGUGUCCAGUCUUGGUUCCCAACUUCAGGAUGCACAGGAACUACUCCAGGAAGAGACACGUCAAAAAUUAAAUUUGUCCACCCGGCUGCGACAGCUGGAGGAUGACAGGAACAACCUGCAGGAGCAGCUGGACGAAGAGAGUGAGGCCAAGAGGAAUCUGGAGCGUCAGAUAUCCACUUUGACUGUUCAGCUGUCAGAUGCCAAGAAGAAGCUAAACGAUGAUGUGUCUGCACUGGAGGGGCUUGAAGAGGGGAAGAAGAAACUUCAGAGGGAAAUUGAAGCAAUUACCCAGAACUUUGAGGAAAAAGCAGCAGCGUAUGACAAACUGGAGAAGACCAAGAACAGAUUGCAGCAGGAGCUGGACGACCUCUUGGUGGACUUGGACAAUCAGCGGCAACUCGUUUCAAACUUAGAGAAGAAGCAGAAGAAAUUUGAUCAGAUGCUGGCAGAAGAGAAGAAUAUCUCCUCUAAGUAUGCAGACGAGAGGGACAGGGCAGAGGCUGAUGCUCGGGAAAAGGAGACAAAGGCCCUGGCUUUGACGCGAGCCUUGGAUGAGGCUUUGCAAUCGAAAGAGGAUCUGGAAAGAGUCAACAAGCAGCUGCGAGCAGAGAUGGAAGAUAUCAUGAGCUCAAAGGAUGAUGUCGGAAAGAAUGUCCACGACCUGGAGAAAUCAAAGCGUGCUUUGGAUCAGCAAGUGGAGGAGAUGAAGACCCAGCUGGAAGAACUUGAAGAUGAGCUCCAGGCAACAGAGGAUGCCAAGCUACGGCUAGAAGUGAACCUCCAGGCCCUGAAAACACAGUUUGAACGUGAUCUGCAGGCCCGGGAUGAACAAAAUGAGGAAAAGAGGAGGCAGCUUGUUAAACAGGUUCAUGAGCUCGAGAGUGAACUGGAAGAUGAGCGUAAACAGCGUACGGUAGCAGCAGCAGCGAAGAAGAAGCUGGAGAUUGAUCUAAGUGACCUCGAAGGCCAAGUUGAAGUGGCCAUUAAGGGCCGUGAAGACGCCAUCAAACAACUGAAAAAACUUCAGGCUCAGAUGAAGGAUUAUCAGCGUGAACUCGAAGAUGCUCGGAAUUCCCGGGAAGAGGUUCUGGCUCAGGCUAAAGAGAACGAGAAAAAAGCCAAGAACCUGGAGGCGGACCUAUUGCAAGUCCAAGAGGAUUUGGCUGCUGCAGAGCGUUCUCGCCGUCAUGCUGAGCAGGAGAAGGAGGAGCUUGCUGAGGAGUUGGCAGGGAAUGUCUCCGGAAAGUCUGCACUUCUGGAUGAGAAACGGCGUCUGGAGACUAGAAUAUCACAGAUGGAGGAAGAGCUGGAAGAGGAGCAGGGCAACAUGGAAACACUGAAUGAUCGUCUCAGGAAAGUUGUACAGCAGUCAGAGCAGCUUUCGAACGAGUUGGCUGCUGAGCGCAGUGCAAACCAGAAGAACGAGAGUGCUCGCCAGCAACUUGAGAGGCAGAACAAGGAGCUGAAGGCCAAGCUGCAAGAAAUGGAAGGGACCGUCAAGUCCAAGUUCAAAUCGACCAUAACCACCCUGGAGUCAAAGAUUGCCCAGUUGGAAGAACAACUGGAGGCUGAAGUAAAGGAAAAACAAGCGACCACCAAGGCAACUCGACGUACAGAGAAGAAACUGAAAGAGAUCCUGUUGCAGUUGGAAGAUGAGAGAAGACAUGGAGAGCAGUAUAAAGAACAGGCUGAGAAAAGUAAUUCGCGAAUGAAGCAACUGAAGAGGCAGCUGGAAGAGGCUGAGGAGGAAUCUCAGAGGAUCAAUGCUGCCCGGCGCAAACUCCAGCGAGAGCUGGAAGAGGCCACGGAGAUGAAUGAAGCCAUGAGCCGUGAAUGUAACACACUGAAGAACAAACUCAGACGGGGAAACGAGCCGGUGUUGAGUGGAACACGGAGAUCUGGUGGCCGACGCGGAGUAAUCGAUAACACCUCACUGGAAAACUCUGAUGAAGAUGCUGGAGGAAGAGAUGCAGACUUCAAUGGUACAAAACCUAACGAGUAACGACAGAAUAACUACGGUAUAGAUAAGGGGGGGGGGAAGUGAUUUGAAAAACAUUCAAAAAAAAGUCACACUCUUACGUUACUAACAGGGCACUUUUUCCCAUUUAUAAGGUUACUUGUUCACAAUUUUUAAAAAAAAUUACUUUCACGUGCAUGUGGGCUAAAGCUAUUUUAUUUUUUACUAAAUAUUUUACAUGUAUCAGUUUCAAAAAAUAUAUGCUAGCAUUUAAAAUAUAUUGUAAAAAUGAAAUGUUAAAAUAUGUAAUCCUUAUGUGCACUGCCUGGAUGGGUUAGGAUUUUAAAAUGGUAUUUUGUUGCAAAACCAUAAAUGAAUUAGCACCAAAAAUAUAAAAGUUCACUCUUCCCUUCCCGAAAGGAUUUGGUCCUAUUCAGUAGGACAAUGUAAUCAGAGAUGUGUGGUGCCCUUUGUGUUUUCAUAGGAAGAGCCAAGAAGAUUACUGUACCAUUUACAACACAUUCACGAUACACCAGAUAACUGCAACACCAGUCACAUCAUUCCAUACAAUUGCUUUAUUCAGCCACAUGAACUACUGGAUUUGAAAAUAAACUAUUGUUUGCAGUAACAUAUACAUAACAUGCUAAAAACUUAGUCUGCAAAGAGUUUCUGAAAUUGUUUAUGAUCCACUAUCACAAAUAAAGGAAUUUGUAUCACAA